GCGGAGAACGUGGAAGGCUAGGUUGCAGCGGUGGCCGGACCAGAGCGGAGGGCGGCGCGCUGGGAGCACGGGGCGGCGUGUGGGGGCGGGGCCCAGGGUGUGGGGGUGGGGAUGUGUGUGCGGGUGACAGUUGUGGGGUAGGGGGCCGUCCUAGACGGAGGGGAGGGGGAGCGGGAGAACCAAGAGGAAAAGACCCCGACAGCGGUGAAGAUGUUGGAGACCCUGAAGGAGAGGCUGCUGAGUGUGCAGCAGGAUUUCACCUCCGGGCUGAAGUCUUUAAGUGACAAGUCAAGAGAAGCAAAAGUAAAAAGCAAACAAAGGACUAUUCAGUAUUUGCCAAAAUUCUCUGCGGGACUUGAGUUGCUUAGCAGAUAUGAAGAUACAUGGGCUGCCCUCCACAAAAGAGCAAAGGAAUGUGCAAGUGCUGGAGAGCGUGUGGAUAGUGAAGUGGUGAUGCUUUCAGUACACUGGGAGAAAAAGAAGACUAGUCUAAUAGAGUUACAAGAACAGCUUCAGCAGAUUCCAGGAUUGUUAGCCGAUCUAGAAUCCAUGACUGCGAAUUUGAUUCAACUGGAAGCCAGUUUUGAGGAGGUAGAAAACCAUUUACUGCAUUUGGAAGAUUUAUGUGGGCAGUAUGACUUAGAAAGAUACAAACAUCUACAGACACAACAACUGGAAAAUUACAAGAAAAAUAAAAGGAAGGAACUUGAAGCCUUCAAAGCUGAGCUAGAUGCAGAGCAUACUCAGAAGGUGCUAGAUAUGGAACACAGCCAACAGCUGAAAUUAAAGGAACGCCAGAAAUUCUUUGAAGAAGCCUUCCAGCAGGACAUGGAACAAUAUCUUUCCACAGGCUAUCUGCAGAUAACUGAACGACGAGAGCCCAUAGGCAGCAUGUCAUCCAUGGAAGUAAAUGUAGACAUGCUGGAACAGAUGGAUCUGAUGGAUAUGACUGAUCAAGAAGCCUUAGAUGUCUUUUUGAACUCAGGAGGGGAAGACAACGUCCUCUCUCCCGGUCUAGGGCCCGAUUCCAGCAGCUGUCAGAACGAAAUAAGCCUCGAGGUUCCCAACCGCUCUGUGUCGCGAAGCAAACUGUCUUCGUUCUCCUCAGGCUGCGCUGACUCCGCCACCCAGGAGAACAGUGAAAGUGGAGAGUCCCCUGUUGUUCAGUCGGACGAGGAAGAAGUCCAAGUGGAUACUGCUCUGGCUACCAGGAAGGCCAGCUCGGACGUCAGUGAUGAAAGUGACUCCUAAAUGCCAUCGAAGCCUGGCUUUCGUUAGGUGACUACAUAGUAUUUCAAGGAAGACAGCUCAAGUCUGGAGCAGAUGGCCUGCCUGUAGGUGUUCCUUUUAUGGGGACACGACUUUUAUAAAAUUGCCAAUAAUGAGCGGGAGUUGCCUAAAAGCACAGUUUUCUGUGACAAUAAAAUUUGAGAAAUUUGAGCAUUAUUAAACUUUGUACAGGAGAUACUUUCUGAA